CAUCUUCUUGGUAGUUCUGGUAUGAUAACAGAGACUACUUCCGUGAAUUCGUGGCCGCGGUUUGUUUACUAAAGAAACAUGGGUCUAUUAGUAGAAGUUUGUGUUUUAGUCGUUAUAUCAAUCGCACUAAGAUGGUCCGUUUCACAAAAUACCUACUCAGGACAGAGUAAACCACCAAUGUAUGGUGACUAUGAAGCUCAGAGACACUGGAUGGAAAUAACAUUAAAUCUACCUGUAUCUGAUUGGUACAGAAAUACAACAAACAAUGACUUACAGUAUUGGGGUCUAGAUUAUCCUCCUCUAACAGCUUACCAUAGUAAAAUCUGUGGCUACGUAGCACAGUAUAUUAAUCCUGACUGGGUGAGAUUAUACAAGUCUAGAGGUUAUGAAAGUUAUUACCAUAAAUUAUUUAUGAGAUAUACAGUAUUAGUAGCAGACUUUCUAAUAUUUUUACCAGCAGCAGUAUUAUUUUAUCUUGCACAAGAUCAGUUAGAUGAUAAAUCAAUGUUAUUUGGUUUGAUGGUGAUAUUGUUAUAUCCAGGGUUGAUUUUAAUAGAUUAUGGUCAUUUUCAAUACAAUGGCAUAAGUUUAGGGUUAGCUGUUUUAGCUGUAGCCUGUUUAGGUUCUGAAUUACAGAUGAUAGGAGCAGCUUUAUUUACAUUGGCUCUUAAUUAUAAACAAAUGGAACUCUAUCAUGCCAUGCCUUUCUUUACCUAUUUAUUAGGUAAAUGUUAUAAAGCAGGGCCUUUUAAAGGGUUAUUUGAAAUAAUUAAAAUUGGAAUAACAGUAAUCAUAACUUUUCUUCUAUGUUGGUCUCCAUUUUUAACGAGUGUGGAGUCUGCUAAGCAAGUUUUAACAAGGUUAUUUCCCUUUAAUAGAGGUCUAUAUGAGGAUAAAGUUGCUAGUUUUUGGUGUAGUCUGUCCGUGUUAAUAAAGUUGAAAAAUAUUUUAUCACAAGAAAAUCUGGUUUUGUUAUGUUUAAGUACAACAUUAUUAUGUUUAUUGCCUUCAUCACUUCAUCUUCUAUGUAAACCAACUAUAACAAAUUUUAAAUAUGCACUGGUGAAUUCUUCACUGGUAUUCUUUCUUUUCUCAUUUCAAGUACAUGAAAAAUCUAUUUUAAUACCAGCCAUAUCUGUGUGUAUGUUAGCUAAUAGAGAACCAUUGACAAGUAUUUGGUUUUUAUCUAUUUCUACAUUUAGUAUGCUACCUCUGUUAGUAAAAGAUGGAUUAAUUUUACCGUAUAUUGGUUUAUCAGCGAUGUUUUUGAUUGCAUCUGUUUAUAUAUCUCAACCUUUUAAUAACCAAAAACCAGAUAGUUUAUCACAACUGAAAAAAAUAAAUUUUAUUAUAUCAAUGGUUGGAGUCAUAUUACUAACUGGUGCCAGUCAUUUUAUUAUUCCUCCUCCACAACUACCAGACCUAUUUCCAGUACUUAUAUCAUCAUAUUCUUGUGCACAUUUUCUCUUCUUUCUACUUUACUUUCAUUUUGCUCAGAUUUUUGGUGAUGAAAUUGAUAUAGAUAGAAAAAAAUCAACCAGGGUACAAACAAGUAAAAAGAAAAAGUCAAUUAAAAAGGAAAAUUGAUUAUCAUAGCCAUUCAAGACAUUAAUUCAAUUUUAUAUGUAGCUUUUACGGUAUAUACAUGUAUGUGCAAUAAGUACUAUUAUAAUAGGAGAAACAUUCACUAAACACAACUUUGUUAUUAUCUUUACAUGGAUGAAAUUUGUUGCCUAUAAUAAAGGACAUUUUAUUCCUAA